AUGGUGAAAAACAAUCACUUGGUCAAGCAGGUGCAUACGGCGAAGAAGUCUAAGGUGAAGGUAUCCCAAAUGUACAACUGUUAUGCUCGGGAGCGUAAUGGAGUAGAGGAGAUGACAUUUACGCAAAGAGACUUGGAGAAUGCAGUGGCUCAGAAAACAAGACUUGAGCUUACUAAGGGUGAUGUGAAUGGCAUGGUAGAGUACUUCAACAAAAUGAGUGCCAACAAUCAGAAUUUUUUCCAUCUAUGUCAGUUUGGGGAGGACGGGGCAUUACAAGAUGUUGUGUGGGUAGACGCGAGGAGUAGAGCUGCGUAUGAGGAGUUUGGAGAUGAUCAAGAUCCGGCGAUUAGGAAAGCUGUAAACUUGACUAUACCUGAGAGUUGCCAUAGGUGGUGCAUAUGGCACAUACUUCAGAAGUUUGGGAGGUAUGUGGGUAAGCAUGCAGACUAUGAAGCUGUAAAGGAUGAGUUUGAAAAUAUCAUUUAUGGUAGUUUAGAUGCUGAUGAAUUUUUAGAUCGGCUGUAUGAGGAAAGGCACAUGUGGAUCCCAGCCUAUUUGAAGCAUUUAUUCUGGGCCGGUAUGAGAACGACCCAACGUUCUGAAAGUUUCAAUCACUUCUUCAAAGGUUUUGUUGACAAGCAUACAACGUUGUCUGAAUUUGUGCUUCGAUACUGCGAUGCCAUGCAGAUAAGGGCCGAGUCAGAAAGAAUUACGGACUCCAACACACUACGGUACAUCAGGCAUGUAGCUACCGAUUUCCCAGCGGAAGAAGUGUUCCAGAAGUGUUACACGGACGCCAAAUUCAAAGAAGUUCAGCAGGAGUGCAAGAGGAUGUUGUACGUGCGUCGCCUAGAUGACUAUGAAGUUGGUGAGAAUCAAGUUGAGUUUGUUAUUGAGGACCGAGUGUGGAUCAAGCCAAAAUAUGCAAAAAAAGAAUCUGUGACUAAGACUCAGAGAUGCUACAAGGUGUGCUAUGAUAGUAAUACAUAUGAAGCUAGUUGUGACUGUAAACACUUUGAGUACCAUGGAAUCAUUUGUCGACAUAUGAUCUUUGUGUAUGACCAUUGCGGUGUUUCUUUUGUUCCUGAGAAGUAUAUUCUACGUCGUUGGAGGAAGGAUAUUCAAAGGAAACACACACGAGUGAAAGUAGCUUACCAUGAUCCACUUAAAACCGAUGAAGCCAGGCAAUAUCACAAAUUGAUGGGGAUGUAUGAACCAAUUUGCUCAAAGGCUUCAGCUUAUAAGGAGGGUGUUGAGGCUGUGGCAGAGUUGUUGUAA